AUGCUGUUAUCAAGUCGUUCAAGUCCCCCCAAGCCUUUGAAAAUCACUGGCUCUGAGCGUUCUCAGUAUCUCUCGGUCAAAUACCUCCUUCCUCGAACGCCGAUCCCAUCACCAUCAUUGCCAUCUAUUCUUCCACGGCAUGGCAAAAAACCACCAAAACUCAAUUCACGGAGGAUCGUCAGAAGCCUCUUCUGGCUCUCUGUAGUUAUUGCACUCUGGUAUCUCAUUUCCAUUGGCAAUAAGACCACCAGCAGACUUUCCGACCUGACAUUUUUGACGUCUAUGGGCAAGACGUAUGAGAUCGUCGAGGCAUUUGAGCUUCCAAAUCAUGCAACGCCGUUGUCCGUAACCGACAAUGACGGCAGGCACUAUUGGACAAUCUCAAUUCCCCCCAAUUUGGGUUUCCCUCUGUCUCAUGGUGAUUAUGUCGAUAUCUGCUCUCAGGUAGAAGAUGUGGCACGCCACGUAGCUGGCUCUGGGUGGCAAGAGGAACAACACCUGGACUACUACCAUCUCGAACGCAACUAUAUUGAUGUCAAGGAGGCACAAUCACGUCAUUUCUUACCCCCUAGCAUUGAUACCUCUACCGCCCGUAAUGCUCUCCCCAUUUGCGAGAAGUCUUUGACCUAUGUCCUCGAUGACGCCGACCCAGGGCUUGGCUCCGCACUGAUGGGAAUGUGGCUCUCCUACUCUCUUGCACAACUGGAGAAACGGUCCUUUUUCAUCGAUGACACCCACUUUCCGUAUGGAAGCUACUCCACCCUCUUCACAACCAUGCCAGCCCCCAAAUGUCGCCCACCACCGCCCGUCCAACGAGUGCCCUGUCCACAUCAGGCAAAUCAUCUCGUCGUCUCCGCGGCCACAACCAGCUGGGUGUUUGGAGAAGCAUUCCAAGAGACUUUCUCGCAGCGAGAGAUCUUCGAUAUGGCCAGAAAUGGCUACGAGGCACUGUUCCAAUUGACCAAGGAGGACGACGACUACGUGCGCUCCCGAGCUCAGAAACUCAGAGUGAACGAUGAUGACACCGUGAAUGGCCUUGUCGGCAUUCACCUCCGCCGUGGGGAUCGACACCCCUUCUCCUUUGCCUAUCAGCUGGGCUACCUGCCUCCCGAGAGCUACCUCACCGCUGCUCGCAAACUCAUUGGAUAUUCUUCACAGUGGAAGCUGCUCCUCGCCUCAGAUGACGCAGACAUGUACGACCACAACGAACUUCCAGGCACGAUCAGGGCGCAAACCCGGAUCUCGCUCGCAAGCAAGAAAAAACUCGCGACUGGGCUGGGCUGGGAAGGCGGCUUCUUCAAAGACGUCUUCUGGGGUCUGGGACUCCCUGAGCAUGUGACGGCGCGGAAAGGCGCCAACGGGCCCAAACCUGCAAUGGCCAAGCCACCUGACGACUCGCAGGACAACACCAAAGAAGUUGCAGCACAGAAGCCGACGACGGGGCUGGAGAUAGGCCGGAAUUACCGCACACACCCGACAAAAGAGGCACUGCAGCUCCGCGAGUUCCUAGGCCGAGCAUACCUGCUGGACCUGGCGAUGGUCGCGCAGAGCGACAAGGUCAUCUGUGGCGUGAGCAGCUACGCGUGCCGGAUUUUGGCCGUCAUGUUGGGCUGGGAGCGCGCCUUUGAGCACGGCGACUGGACUAAUGUCGAUGGCAGCUUUGAGUGGAGGGCUAUGGACCCUUGA